CGGUUACACACUUCCGAGACCUCUGCUCAAAUGUGUCCUCCGCGCAGCACCAGAAGUUGACAGUCUGGUUGUGUUAUGAGACGUCCAGCGUGAUGCGGGUUUAAUGCGGGUUAAGGACACUUAAUAUCAGUGUCUGGACGGAGAGCGGAGAAUAAACAGCAGAGCCACUGAGUCAACACUGUGCACUGAAACAGGAUGGCGUCCCCUUCACCCCAUGACCGCAGCCGUAAAGACGAUGACGAGGAUGACCCUGUUGAUCGGAUGAUAUCUCGCACCGGCUGUGCAGAGCUACACUACGCUGUGCAGGAGUGCAUGGCCGAACACCAGGACUGGCGCGUGUGCCAGAGCCAGGUCCAGACUUUCAAAGACUGCAUGAUGAAUUUCCAAAACGCACGGAAACAACAGCUGAUGAAGCAGCAGAGGCCAACCUCCACUGAGUCUGCACCCAGCUGAACUCACAACACACACACACACACACACAUGGCCUAGGAUGUGUUGAAGACAAGCUCGAGAUGGAAAGACCUCAAGUACCUAAUUUAAUUGUUAAUGAAAAUAAAGUACGAGCAGCUACAAAAAA